AAGUAUUUUGAAUACCUUCAGAAUUCAGAAUUGUGGGUGAAGGCAGAGAUUAAAAAGAAAGACAUUCAAUUAAAAGCUAUGCGAAUUCUUUUGAAAAAUAAAAUCAUGGAGUGCAAAACUCAGCAAGAAAAGAUUACUAAUUUAGAAACAAGUCUUAAGGAAUUACCAA